AUGUCGCCAGAAUAUUCACAGGUUCUUAACUCCAGCGUGCAAAUGAGUAACCCCACUAUAAUCCCACAUUUGUAUAACAUUAACGACCCAGAGCAAAAUAAAAGCUCCUCCCCUUUUUCGAAAAGUUCCAGCAUUCCUACUCCUGCCCACCUUUUUCCUUCUCUGUCGUCUCCCAUCAAUUUCUGCCACAAAAACCUUAAUGCUUGCUUUGCAAACCCACCUUCAUUAUUCCCACUCAUGCUGCUCUACUACUACUUGUUCAUUUCUCUCACUCUUUUCGUCACUCAUGGCUCCUCCAAGCCAGAGAUUCAUAUUGGCUACAACCUCACUUUGGCAGUGCCUGUUGAAUACACCAUGGGAUUCAUUGGCAGAGCUUUUCUCAUGGAUACCAAUCCAACCAUACCCAGUUUCAGAGCUGCGUUGAGUGUUGAAGCUUAUAAUGGGAAGUACUCAUGCUCCUUUCAGGUCUUUCUUGGAAAUGUCAAGGUGUGGAGUUCUGGCCACUACUCGAAGUUUUAUACAUCGAAUGUAUGUGUACUUGAACUCACCAAUGAUGGAGAUUUAAGGCUGAAGGGUCCAAAAGACAGGGUGGGAUGGAGAACUGGGACUUCUGGACAAGGUGUGGAGAGGUUACAGUUAUUGAGGACAGGGAAUCUAGUACUAGUUGAUGGCUUGGAUCGGAUCAAAUGGCAGAGUUUUAAUUUUCCUACUGAUGUGAUGCUUUGGGGUCAAAGACUUAGUGUAGCGUCACGCUUGACUUCGUUUCCAAGCAAUUCAAGUUCAUACUACUCGAUGGAAAUUGAGCACAGCAAGAUUGCUCUCUACUUGAAUACCGGUAAGAAAAACUAUUCGUAUUGGGAAUUUAAGCCUUCCAAGAACAGAAAUAUUGCUUUCAUUCAAUUGGGUCUAAAAGGAUUAGAGUUAUACAGUGAUAAAGGUAAGAAAAUCGCGCAGAUAAAUCCGUCCGAGGAAACAAUACAGCCCCUGCGGUUUUUGGCUUUGGGGAAUGAAACAGGAAAUUUGAGGUUUUAUUUUUACUCACCCAGCUUGGCAAAAUUUGAUGCCUCUUUUCAAGCACUCAACACAACAUGUGAUCUUCCAUUGGCUUGUAAGCCUUAUGGCAUUUGUACUGCGUCAAGUGCUUGUUCAUGCAUUCAAGUUUUGACAACGAAAAAUGAGACUAGUACUGGUACUUCUGGUUGCAUUGAAGGAAUUUCAUCAGAUGGGUUUUGUGGAAGAGGCAAGGCAGAAAUGCUUGAAUUGGAGAGUGUCACUAGUGUGUUAAGGGGGGAUUCUAAGAUAGUUAAUGUGAGCAAAGAAGAAUGUGGUAAUUUGUGCUUGGAAGAUUGUAAAUGUGCAUCUGCAUUACAUAACUCUGAAGAAUGCUUUCUGUAUGGAAUGGUGAUUGGGGUUAAACAGGUUGAAAGGGGAAGGCAGUUGAGUUACAUGGUUAAGGUUCCAAAGGGAUUCAGUCAUGGGGGUCAUGGAAAGUCCAAUGUGAAAAAAUGGGUGUUGAUCUUGGUAGGAGUUGUUGAUGGUGUGAUUGUUCUUGCUCUCUUUGGAGGUCUUGGCUACUACUUGAUAAGAAAACGAAGAAGACACUCAUUGCCUAAUGGCCAUAACAAUUGA